AUGACUGAAGACUCCAAGUCCUUCAAGGGGGAUGGAAAUGAGACAGACUACUCAGCCGAAAUGCUGCAGAAUCUGCUUCAUGGGAGUCUUGACCUCUCGCCAGAGAAAGGCACCCGUACACCUUCAGCGAGGACCAAAGCGAGUGUCGGUUCUUCGACCAAUACGAAUAUCGAGGGAAUUCGUUCCAAUGUUGGUGAGGGCACAAACCCAACCGUUGCCGGUGGCAUUUCUGGCAAUGGUGAGGAAGCAGCUAAGACUGGUCUCCAAGCUAGGGUUGUUGUCGUUCGUCCGGAUAUGUUGAGUCUGUACUGUUGCGGUGUCAUCGGUUCACCUGCCGGUCAGAAGUUCUGUUUCAAGGAAGAUUGUACCAUCGCCGCCCAUGAGAGCAAAGUGGCGCUGCAAGAGGGAAACCUAUACAUCAUACCGCUCACCAAGUCUGCCGGGAAGAACAAAGCCAAGAUUGGAACUUAUGGGCUUCUGUCACCCAGCAUGCCUGCAGUCAUGGUCUGGCGAACUGGAUUCUCUCCUUGGACGAGCCCAUCCACUCGAACACUUACGUAUGGUAUUUAG